UCUCCUGAGAGGUCGCGGCAAGCUCAUGGAGGGCUCCUCAAAGGGGGAGGCGCCCUCAGUGGCAGUGGCUGCCGUGCUGAAACACAGCUCAGCGUUGCCACCCGAGAGCGCCCAGGUCCGGGGCUAUGACUUCAGCCGCGGCGUGGAUUACCGCGCACUUCUGCAGACCUUCAGCACCACCGGAUUCCAGGCCACCAGCUUCGGGCGCGCGGUGCAGCAAGUCAACGCGAUGAUCGAGAAGAAAUUGGAGCCACUGUCCCAGGACGAAGACCACCACUCAGACCUGACACAGAGCUGCCGACCGCUCACUGGCUGCACCAUUUUCCUGGGCUACACAUCCAACCUCAUCAGUUCAGGCAUUCGUGAGACCAUUCGCUACCUUGUGCAACACAACAUGGUGGAUGUCUUGGUGACCACAGCUGGAGGCGUGGAGGAGGACCUCAUCAAGUGCCUGGCACCUACAUACCUGGGCGAGUUCAGCCUUAGAGGGAAGGAGCUUCGGGAGAACGGUAUUAACAGGAUCGGGAACCUGUUGGUGCCCAAUGAUAAUUACUGCAAGUUCGAGGACUGGGUGAUGCCUAUUCUGGACCAGAUGGUGCUGGAACAGAACACAGAGGGUGUGAAGUGGACACCUUCUAGGGUGAUUGCUCGGCUUGGCAAGGAGAUAAACAACCCAGAGUCUGUGUAUUACUGGGCCCAGAAGAACCACAUCCCUGUGCUGAGCCCUGCGCUCACAGAUGGCUCACUGGGCGACAUGAUGUUCUUCCAUUCCUACAAGAACCCUGGUCUGGUGCUUGACAUUAUUGAGGACCUGCGGCUCAUCAACAUGCAGGCCAUCUACGCCAAGCGCUCGGGGAUGAUCAUCCUGGGUGGUGGUGUGGUCAAGCACCACAUUGCCAAUGCCAACCUCAUGCGCAAUGGGGCUGACUAUGCUGUCUACAUCAACACAGCCCAGGAGUUCGAUGGCUCUGAUUCGGGUGCCCGGCCAGAUGAGGCUGUCUCCUGGGGCAAGAUCCGGAUGGAUGCACAGCCUGUCAAGGUCUAUGCUGAUGCCUCCCUGGUCUUCCCCCUACUGGUGGCUGAAACUUUUGCCCAGAAAGCAGACGCCUUCACAAGUGAGAAGAAUGAGGACUGAGCAGCUGUGGACUGGAGGCUUCCCCCUCUUUUUUAUUUUUCUGGUACUGGGAAUCAAACUCAGGACUUUGAGCUUGUGAGGCAGGCAUGGUACCACUGAACAAAAUUCCCAGCCCCUCCUAUUUAUUAGGGUGCCACCCAUGCCCCCGCCAGCAGUAUCUCUGGAAUAAAUCAUCCCAUGUAGCCCUGGGUCCUCUGCAGUUGCUCUUGGUUCUUG